AAAUGUAGCUUUUGGACUUACUCGUGCGUGAGUAAUGCAAGUGAUUUUCGUGAUCCACUCGAGCUACCUGUGAGAGUGGUUACCUGUGACGUCAGUGCUUUGAUUCUAUGAAUAAUGAUGUGGAUUUAAAUGCGAGGACAUGAUUUAGGAUCCCAUGCGAGUGUCCCCGCAAAAUUCCCCAGAAAAACAACCAACCCCACAAAUAGCGGCAGGUGUGUGUGAAAUGCGAAAGAGUUAGAGGGUGGACAGGUACAAACCCACCCGCCCCAUCACCCAGCAUCAUGUCCUUCCGUCGCAGCAUCAUCGUUGGCGGGAUCCUCAUAAUUUUCCUCAUUCUUCUCUCCAGCUUCACAUUCUACCUCAGCCUGGGUCCCUGCCCUAGAGGCUCCUUUGCAUGCGACAACGGAACUGUUUGUGUCCCCCAGAGGGCCAUUUGUGACAAUCACAGCGAUUGCAAGGACAAGAACGACGAGGAUCGAGUCAUGUGUGGUAUGUUUUAUGGAAGCAAGAAUGUCGUUAGCUUAUUACUUUCCCGAGUUCUCAGCAAGAAUGGCACGGUCCUCGAGAAGAACAAAACUUGCGAACGGGAGCUGGAGGAAAAGAUUGAGGAGACCCAGUGUAGGUGCUUCUACUCAUCUGUGGUAUUCUGCAGGAAUCUCAGCCUCACUAGCGUCCCACAAAUCCCUACCAAUGAAAUUAAUCGACUCUACUUGGCCUACAACAGCAUAAAGCUAACAGGAAAGUCCUUUUUGGGUUUACAGCUUGAAUAUUUAGAUCUUAAAUUCAACAACAUAUCACAUAUUCCCGCCGACACGUUCAGAGGGCAAGACGCACUCAAUAAAUUGUACUUGAGCAACAAUGAGAUUGUCGAAAUUGUACGUGGAACCUUUGCGGGGCUGACGAAGCUCCAAUUUCUAAUGUUGAGAUCCAAUCGACUGAUGAGGCUACCCCUGAUUGAAUUGCAGGACCUUCAGGCACUCGUAAUGCUCGAUUUGUCGCACAACAGACUCACCCUGACUGGUGAAGAAUUCCCCGAGAUGCAGAACAUGUAUGAUCUGAUACUCGAUGGAAAUCUGAUUGAAGAAAUUGACGACAAACUCUUUGCUCGAUUGGGACACUUGCAUCUUCUGAGCCUCCACAGCAACCGUAUCAGAAGCAUCCAUCCGCAUGCAUUCAAAGGGUUGACUGACCUACGAGAAUUAGGACUCUCCAACAAUCUCCUGCAUCACUUGCCAGACACGGUGCUCACCCCGAUGUCGCUACUGGAAGCUCUGUUCCUCCAGAACAACACCAUUAACAUCACUGCCAAACUUUUAAAUCUCAAGAAUCUACAAUUCUUAAAUCUCGAUGGAAUUGAAAUAAAGAACAUCGAUGCGGACGCCGUUUCGGGGCUAACAACUCUCCAAUCCAUUGUCUUCACAAAAUUCUACUACUGCGGCUAUGCACCGCAUGUGAAGAAUUGCAAACCCAACACAGAUGGAAUUUCCACACUCAGUGAUCUCCUGUCCAAGCCUGUGCUGCGCUACUCAGCCUGGCUCAUGGCUCUCGUGACGUGCAUGGGAAAUGGCCUAGUUCUCUGGGGUAGAUUCGCACUCAGGGAUGAAAAUCGUGCUGUCUCCAUGGUCAUCCGCAAUUUAGCUGUUGCCGACAUGCUCAUGGGCUUCUAUCUGCUCAUCAUAAGCAUCCAGGAUUUUCGCUACAGAAACAGGUACCACGAAGUAGCGCAGGAUUGGGCGUCAUCGUGGAAUUGCACACUCGCUGGACUUUUGGCUAUGACAUCAUCGGAGGUCUCAAUGCUAAUCCUGGCCUUUAUGUCCGUGGAGAGAUUCCUCCUUAUUGCCGAUCCAUUCGGUGGUCAUCGUAGGCUCGACUCCAGGAAUGUUCUCACGUCCAUGAUUGCCAUUUGGACUGUUGGUGGCACCAUUGCCAUCAUCCCAGUCAUCCACUGGAGAUCCAGUACGCGUUUCUAUGGAACUUACUCCGGCACGUGCUUCCCACUGCAUGUGCAGGAGCGCUUCCCCCUUGGAUGGCAGUAUUCAGCAUUCGUCUUCCUGGGCGUCAAUCUGUCCCUCUUGAUGCUAAUUGCCAGCCUCUACACUGCCCUCCUUAUCUCUAUUUGGCGAACACGAAGAGCAACACCCCUAGCUGUGCUCGAUUGUGAAUUUGCCAUCCGAUUCUUCUUCAUCGUCCUCACGGAUGCCACAUGCUGGGCCCCCAUCAUUGCCCUCAAGAUCCUCGCAUUUCUCAGCUAUGAAAUAUCAGCUGAUAUCUACGCGUGGAUCGUCAUCUUCAUCUUACCCCUAAAUUCAGCAGUGAAUCCCCUCCUGUACACCUUCACAACUCCUCGAUAUCGCGAUAAGAUCGGCAUGAAGGGGUGGCAAACUAUCUUUGUGCGCCGGAAGAAUGAUGUGGGUGUCGUGGGCGAAGGAACUGCCAAUGGGCUGACCAAUUCCAAUCCAGAUGAAUCCCAGGGAAAGAUCCUUCCACUCCUGUACACGCCCAGCACGGCAAAACAUGAUUGGAAAAUUUUAGGAAAAUCUCUUGGCUUCUCACCACAAAAUGGAUAAAAUCCUCUCUGUAUUCUUGAUGUCUUUUUUAAGUGUUUUUUCUCUCCUAUAUUAUUGUAAAUGUUUCUAUAUAAUUAAUUCUUAAGAGAUAAAAAAAAUGCAUUUUACACGGUGGUGGAAGAAUUUUACAACAAAAAAAAAUGAAACCAAUUUGAAUGAAUGUGAUAAAAAUAAUUUUUUGGAUGUUAUUUAUGCCAAAUGGAUCUCUCUUGGACAAUAAAAAGGAUUCGUCGAUGA